AUGCCCAACUCUACCACGGUAACUGAAUUCUUGCUUACAAGAUUUUCUGAUGUGUGGGAGCUCAGAGUCUUACACACCAUGCUCUUCCUACUGGUGUAUUUGGCAACCGUGAUGGGGAAUCUUCUCAUUGUCACAGUCACCACGCUUGACCAUAGUCUUCAUACCCCCAUGUAUUUCUUUCUAAGGAAUCUCUCUCUCUUGGACAUGUGCUAUGUAUCUGUUACAAUACCCAAGGCAUGUGCCAUCUUCCUGCUUGAUAGCAGGGUGAUCUCCAUAGCUGGAUGUGCAGUUCAGAUCUUCUUUGUGAUCUUCCUUGCUUUUGCAGAGUUGCUAUUCCUCACCUCCAUGGCCCAUGACCGCUAUGUGGCCAUCUGCCAGCCCCUCCAGUACCCUAUGAUCAUGAACCAUCAGGUCUGUGUCCAGAUUACUUUGGCCUCAGUGCUCAGUAGUGUUGUCUACUCUGGAUUCCACACUGGAAUCACAUUCCGGCUGUCCUUCUGUCAGUCCAAUGUGGUCCAUCAGUUCUUCUGUGACAUUCCCCCACUGCUGAAUCUCACCUGCUCUGACACCCUAAUGAAUGAAAUUGCAAUUUUUAUCUCUGGAGUGAUGGCUAGUACUGGCUUUGCAUUUAUUACCAGGUCUUAUAUUCACAUAUUUUCUACUGUGCUCAAGUUUCCAACAAGAGGAGAGCGAGGAAAGUUCUUUUCCACUUGCGUCCCCCACAUACUCGUGGUGACCGUCUAUGUCGGCUCUUUUGCUGCUGCAUAUCUGAAGCCAACCUCCCAUUCACCCACAAUUCUGGACAUGAUCGCUUCUGUGUUAUAUUCUACAGUCCCUCCUUUCUUGAAUCCUAUUAUCUAUAGUCUUAGAAACAAGCAGAUUAAGGAAGCCGUAAGGAGAAUUUCUAGAAGGCUUUGCUUAGAAAAAUGA